AUGUCAGGAACACAAAUUGUCAAUAAUUUUAAUGGUUUAGCAGAUGGAACACAAUUUAUCCGAUAUCGAAAUUCAGAUUAUUUUGUUGGACUUGCUUAUACGAAAGUGUCGUGUAAUGAAUAUGACUAUUUCUAUCGACCUCAUGUCAUUCUUUUAUCAACUAUUUUAGAACAAUGCCAUUUAGUAUAUGUUAGUGAGCCUAUACUGUUGGAUGAUAUUCCGAUGUUAGAUUCAUUUUCAAGAUUGCAUGAUAAAAAUACAUCAAAUUUCUGCUAUGGAACUAUUCCAAAGUUAGUUUCUGAAUCGCUUAUGAGUUGA